UCAAGAAAGUGGUUUCUCUAAAGUUGUGGUUACCCGCUGAUACUACCCUCCAAGAGAAUAUUGUAGUGGAACAGGCCAGAAAAGCUUACUAGAGAAUGCCGAGGCCUACUAACGCUACAAACAUGCUAACUUAGGUAGCUGGCGUUGGCGCAUGGUGGGGUCGUUCUGAGCUACAAAUUGGGUGCCUAACCAGCAGCAGCAGAUGGGAUCAACCAGCUCAGCCCAAAACGAGGGUAGAUGUCAUGCAAGGCUUCGCUUCCGCCGUGGUGACGGCCCCGUCCUGCACGUCGGCCACUGCUGCCCCUCCAACAGCCCAGCAGACCCCGCAGAGGGACCUGCCUGCAACGCAGGGUGGUGGUGUGGAGAUGGCUGCCGCCAUGGCUGCAAAGAUUAAUGCUAUGCUAAUGGCCAAGGGAAAACUGAUGGUUGCCCCUCCACUUCCUGGGAAGACCCCUGUAUGUUUGCCAGCUGUCGGUGGAGGAGAUGAGACUGUGGUGACAGAGGUGGACAUCAAUGACGUGCCCAUCAACAGCAGAAACCUGCUCACUAAAGGAAAAACACAGGAGGAGAUCCGACAGUUCAGCGGUGCGGUGGUCUCAACCAAAGGCCAUUACAUGAGCAAUGCAGAGAAGUCCCAUGGAAAAGGAGUAGAAAGGCCUUUGUAUUUGCACAUCCAGGGAAAGAGUCAAGAAGAGGUGAAUAAGGCAGUCCUGAGGAUAAAGGAGAUCAUCUCUGAGGAUGUGUUGAGGACUGCUGCCGCGCUGGGGUCCCAACUGAGACCCGUCAUGCCCCCCCUGCCCAUCUACCCCCAGCCCCCCCGACCUGUGGCUGCCCCCCAUCCGCACAUACCCAGAAUGCCCAGCGUCAACCCCCCAAUGCCCCAUGGACACCGGCCCACUGCUCCUCACCAAGGGAGUUUUGUGCACGCCAAGAUCUUUGUGGGCCUGGACCAGGCCCUGCCCUCCUUCAAUGUGAACGAGAAGGUGGAGGGUCCAGGGGGGACCUACCUGGGCCACAUCCAGACUGAGACGGGGGCGCGGGUCUUCCUCCGGGGGAAAGGCUCUGGGUACAUCGAACAGGCCUCGAGGCGGGAGUCCUUCGAGCCGCUCUACGUCUACAUCAGCCACCCGAACUCAACAGGGCUGGAGGCAGCGAAGAAGCUCACCGAGAGCCUGUUGGAAACCGUGAGAGCCGAACACGCCCGCGCCGUGUCCGUCUACACCGUGACCGGCUCCACCCAACCAUUCCCAGCUCACGGAUACCCAGCUAAUAGCACUUACUCUAACCAGGGCUGGUAUGGCAGCGGCUACCCGCCGAGCUGUAACGGGACGGGGCUGCCCGGGGGCCACGCUGCCUCCGCCGGCUACCCCUCGGCGCCUGGACCCGCCUCUGGCUAUUGGAGUAGUGGUGCUAUUGGUCAGCAGCCCUGUCAAUCUAACCUGUCGACAAACCCUCCAUCUUCUCAGGCUAUGGUUCAGUAUCCGGUCUGUCCCAGGACGACGCACCCAUACCUCGUGCAGGACCCUGGGUGUAGUGACCAGACCGAGGGGGACGUGUCGACGUCCAGCCCGACAGGGAGCCCCAAACGACGCUUCCAUGAGGAGACCGGGGACAAGCAGGGCCCUCUGCCUGACCGCAGCUCGCCUGAACCCUCUGUGAGAGCGACGGCUCCAGCUCUUCCUCCACAAACUGGUCCCAGUCUGGAAGAGCCUGAACGGGUGUUGAUGCCUCCACCUCCCCCUGUGUUUGUGGUCCCUGGCCCUGUGGCCCGGAAGAGACCCAGAGAGACAGCUGUCCCAUUGGUCCUGCCCACCCAGCCUCCCAGCAUCCCCGCAUCACACGGUCGCCCCGAGGAGGUGCCGGUGAAGAAGACCAAGGCAGUGGAGAAGCCUUCGUCAGACCUGGUGCCGUAUGGUAGGGGAGUCAUGGACUCCUCCUGCCUAGUUCCCUACGGGGGGGACUCCUCUGAUGAGGAAGAGGAGAGGACUCGUGGGAGCAGUAAGACGGCUAACUCCUAACCCCCUCACCCCACGGUUCUUAGUUUCUGGGUUGCAGUAAUCGGUGGUGGGUCAGAGUCCCAGUAGCUCUGCUGUCACCAUGGAGGGCUCUACUGUGGCGCCUUGGUCCAGAGUGUUGCCUGGCUACAGCCCUGUGGCCAGAUUCACAGGCAUGCUACAGUAUCAUGUUAUCACAGUUAAUAAAGACAGUUUUCAUUAAGGUAACAGUUUUAUUUUUAAGUUUUUUAAAAGCUUGUGGUGUCGUCCAUCCAUGACUGAGCCUGUUCUACAGUGAUUGUUCUCUCCAACCUGCUUUGCACCUGUUGACUAUUACGAUUAUAUUGUAUAUAAUGGAAAAAUGGUGUGAAUCUGUUCCCAUGGAAUACUGUAAUAAAAGGAUUAGGAAAUG